UUUUUCAAAUGGAAGAAGAUUUUCCUAAAAAUAUUUCUGAAACAUCACAAUCUAAUAAAACUUCUGGCAAACAAAAUGAUCGUGAUGUAAUUAAACUAGCUAUUCUUUCACUAUUAAACAAUGAUGAUGAUACAUUUUAUGCAAAUUGUCGUCGAAUUGCAUCUAUAAUCAAACCUAUUAAAGAAGCAAUACACAAUCUGGAAUCGCGUACAGCAAAUCUUGCUGAUUGCUUCAUUAGUAUAGUAAAGUUGGCUGCAGCCAUUAAUAGGAUUCCUUCAAAUAAUGCCUUUCGUGAAUCAGCCAUUAACGUAUUUAACAAACGUUAUACUGAAUAUGAUAUUGAACCGUAUCUGCUUGCUUAUUUACUUCAUCCGGGUUAUAGAGAUAAACUAGUUUAA